CCACCUUCGACAUCCCGUUGAGAACGCAAACUAGAAGCGCUCGCGAGAUACCUACCACAAAAAUAUAUUAUCUGUGCCAAGAAGUGUCACUGCUGAUGCAUUUAGAACUGAAAUACUGUUCGUGAAUCAGAAAAAACUUCUUCUUUUGCUUUUUCUUCUUCAUACUGCCGUAUUAGUAAUGAAGAACGACUCGACAAGUUCAGAAUAAAGAAAAAGUUACAUCGUCGCCGACCACGAAUAGAAUCUCUGUUAGUCACACGCGUACGAAUUUGCCGUCUACAAAUAGAGAAAUAUGUCUUUGCAUCGAAGAAGGAGGCAGAAAUCCAGAAAAGGUUCAGAUACGUUGAUUCCCAUCAAUAACAAUAACAACGAUGAUGAGAACUCCAGCAAGGAAAAGAAGGAAAAGGAAUUGAAUUUUCGCAUCAAAAACUCCAAGGUUAUGGGAAGAUAUAUGGUGGCUGCAAGAUAUUUUGAACCUGGAGAAAUAAUAGUAUCUGAAACACCCCUAGUCGUAGGCCCAUGCACUGGAUGUAAAGUUCAAUGUUUAGGUUGUUAUCAAACCUUAAACCAAAAGGAUAAGUACCACAAAUGCAAAAACUGCGGCUGGCCUUUAUGUUCACCAAAAUGUUCCGGAAUUUCCCAAUAUUACGGCCAUUCCACCAGCGAGUGCAAUAUCUUAAAAGAAACCAAGUCGAGUAAUUUUUUGAAUUAUGCCAAUUUCGACGACUUAAAAAUUAACCUCCAUGCACUAGUACCGUUGAGGUGUCUUCUUUUGAAAUCGUUAAAUCCAAGUGGUUAUGAAAAACUAAUGAAUAUGGAGGCCCAUAAUGAAAUAAGGGCCAACAUUCCCGAAGUUUGGAAUGGAAAUCAAAAAACGGUUGUUGAGAAGAUCAGGAAUGACUGGGGACUUUUGGAAUAUACUGAGGAAGAAAUACACACCAUUUGUGGCAUUUUGGAGGUGAAUGCUUUCGAAAUAGGUCAAAAUGGAGUCAAUAUUCGUGGAUUAUAUCCUUCAGCAUUCCUAUUAUCACAUGAUUGCGUACCAAAUACAAAUCAUAAUGACGAAGAAAAGGAUUUUAGGUUAACAAUUAGAGCAUCUUUGCCAAUUUCAAAAAAUCAACCGAUAACUUUAAGUUAUGCUUACACCUUACAGGGCACCUUAAAACGCAGAGAACACCUCCUCGAAAACAAGUUUUUCGAGUGCAUGUGUAAAAGGUGUUCGGAUCCCACGGAGCUGGGCACAUUUACCAGCGCCCUUAGGUGUCCCAAGUGCGAGAAGGGAUGGGUUCUGUCUACCAACCCGCUGGAUCCUGAAGCAGCUUGGUCUUGUAAUAAUAGUCAAACUCAAGAAUCGGAAAAUCGUUGUCCUGGAUACAGGGUCACUGCGAAAUCCAUGAAACUAUUAAUUAACAGAAUAACUCAAGAAGUGGAUUCCAUAGAUUGUAACGAUAUCGAAAGGAUGGAAGAAUUUUUGGAAAAGUACAGAAAUGUUUUACAUCCCUCGCACUACCUGUGUCUUGGAGUGAAACUAUCCUUAAGUCAACUUUAUGGAAAAAUAAAUGGAUAUUUAAUAAACGAACUCACUGACGAGCAACUGACUCGGAAACGGGAAAUUUGUAGGGAAAUAAUGAAAAUAUUCGAUAUAAUUGAACCAGGAUAUACGAGAUUAAGAGGGGUAACAUUGUAUGAAUUACAUGCCCCCAUAAUGAUAUUAACGACACGCCAAUAUGAACAAGAGGAUAUUACCAAAUCCGAACUUAGAAGGCGUUUAAAAGAGGUGGUAAAGUGUUUAGAACAAGCAAAUAUCAUAUUAGGCUCAGAAUCCCCUUCUUCUGCGGAAGGGAUGAUGGGGAUAGCAGCCAAAGAUGCUUUGGAAAAGAUACGAAACUGGGAAAAAAUUAUCGGGAAAUUCUAAGGACAUCGGAAAACUGAAGAUUAACUUUGGACCAGGAUUACUUAGGUAGACCAGGAUUGAGUUUACAUAUGGCGAAUCAAGGGAAAAGGAGAAUGUUCAGAAUUUAUAAUAAAUACAUAUGUAUAUAGAAUCAUAAUAAUAGAAUCGUGAAAGAUUUCGAUAAAUUUAUUUUGAUAAACAGAUUGUAAAGAAGAGAACAAUACGAUUGUUUUUAAAAGUCAAAGAUGUGCUAGAUUUUUUAUUAUUAUA